GCAGGGGCCCUGUGAUGUGGUUCCUGUCUUCGCCCUCACUGAUCAACUGUUGGAGGGAUGGCUGGGAGAAAUUUCACCGUGGUGACCGAGUUCUUCCUUUUUGUGUUCACUGAGCAUCCGGAGUGGGGGCUUCCUCUCUUCCUGGUGUUUUUGAGUUGCUAUCUUGUUACUCUGCUGGGGAAUGCAGGGAUGAUCAUCCUGAUCCGCAAAGAUCGCCGGCUCCAUACCCCGAUGUACUUCUUCCUCAGCCACCUCUCCUUUGCGGACAUCUGCUACUCUUCCGUCAUUGUCCCUCAGAUGCUGGAUGUGCUGCGGGAACAUGGUGCUGUCAUCUCUCAAGCUCGCUGUGCAGCUCAGUUCUUCCUCUUUACCUUCUUUGCCUCCAUUGACUGCUACCUCUUGGCCAUCAUGGCCUAUGACCGCUACGUGGCCAUAUGUCAACCCCUGCUCUAUGUCACCGUCAUGACUGAGAAGGACUGCUUAGGGUUAGUAGCUGGGGCUUAUGUGGCUGGUUUCUCUGGUGCCUUUGUUCGAACAGUCACAGCCUUCACGCUUUCCUUUUGUGGAAACAAUGUGAUCAACUUUAUUUUCUGUGACCUGCCUCCUCUGUUAAACCUCACAUGUGGGGAAAGCCACACCCAGGAGGUAGUGAUUAUUGUGUUUGCCAUUUUUGUCAUGCCCGCUUGUAUACUGGUGAUCUUGAUGUCCUACCUGUUUAUCAUUGUGGCUAUCAUGCAAAUUCGCUCUGCUGGGGGUCGAGCCAAGACCUUUUCUACCUGUGCCUCCCACCUCACUGCCGUGGCUCUCUUCUUUGGCACGCUCAUCUUCAUGUACCUGCGAGAUAGCUCAGGACAGUCCUCGAAGAAAAAUCAGGUGGUGUCAGUGCUGUACACGGUGGUGACCCCCAUGCUGAACCCCCUCAUCUAUAGUCUUAGGAAUAAGGAGGUAAAGGAGGCUAUUAUGAAAGCUCUGGGCAGGUCAAAAUAUUUUGGGGAGCCCUAGAGGGUCCCUUGUGAAAUACUUCAUUGCUUAGUUUCUCCAUCCUUUCUAUCUUUUCUCAAACGUCACCUUCUUGGUGAGGCUUUCCCAUAAAACCCUACUUAAAAUUGCACCUGAACUACCUCCCCUUCUUGAUUUAUUAUUCUGUAUACUACUUGUCACCAUCUAUAUACUAUAUACUUGUAUGAUAUUGUUUAAGUCUUGUAAUUAGAAAGCAAACUAUAGCAGAGUAAGAAUUUCACCUGUGAGCUUCAUUUCAUGCCCAGUGCCUACCAAAGCACCUAGCACAUACAAGGCAUUCAAUAAAUAUUUGUUGAAUGAAUGAAUGAAUCUCAGGUUCCAGUCUCUUAGCUGAGAACACAGAUGUCAAACUAUAUUCAUAAGAGCUCUGGACCAGCAGUUAGAAGAACCAAACUGCUUUUGAGCUCUACCUUUAAGU